UCCUGGCACGCACCCUUGAAAGGCAAGACCCCGGGUGGAGUGAAGGAUGGCCCUGGGGCCUGCCUGCGGACAAUCUGGAGGGCCCCUCGGGCAGCACGGGCUCAGGGCCGCUCCGCCUGUUCCUGCUGCAGGAGGUGACGAAGAUGUCGGACGGCAGCCUCCUGGGGGACCCUGGGCGCACGCCGCUGAGCAGGAAGGAGGGUGUCAAGUGGCAGCGGCCAAGGCUCACCCGCCAGGCCCUCAUGCGGUGCUGCCUGGUCAAGUGGAUCCUGUCCAGCGCGGCCCCUCAGGGCUCAGACAGCAGCGACAGUGAGCUGGAGCUGUCCACGGUGCGCCACCAGCCGGAGGGGCUGGACCAGCUGCAGGCACAGACCAAGUUCACCAAGAAGGAGCUGCAGUCCCUCUACAGGGGCUUUAAGAACGAGUGCCCCACAGGCCUGGUGGAUGAAGACACGUUCAAACUCAUUUACUCGCAGUUCUUCCCUCAGGGAGAUGCUACCACCUACGCGCACUUCCUCUUCAACGCCUUCGACGCAGAAGGGAACGGGGCCAUCCGCUUUGAGGAUUUUGUGGUCGGUCUCUCCAUCCUCCUGCGAGGAACAGUCCACGAGAAACUCAAGUGGGCCUUUAACCUCUACGAUAUUAACAAGGACGGCUACAUCACCAAAGAGGAGAUGCUGGCCAUCAUGAAGUCCAUCUAUGACAUGAUGGGCCGCCACACCUACCCCAUCCUGCGGGAGGACGCGCCCCUGGAGCACGUGGAGAGAUUCUUCCAGAAAAUGGACCGGAAUCAAGACGGGGUGGUGACCAUUGACGAGUUCCUGGAGACCUGUCAGAAGGACGAGAACAUCAUGAGCUCCAUGCAGCUGUUCGAGAACGUCAUCUAGGACACGUGGGGGGAGGGGUGUCCCUGAGUGGCCGUUGCCACCUCUGCCCCAAAGAAACCUCAAUCCUGCCAGGAGCAGCCUCCAUGAGAAACUUUUUUCUAAUAUAUUUGCACAAAGUGAA